AUGCAGGCUGUCAAGAAGGGGGAUUCUGAGGUUCCUCUGUACUUGAUGACAGCUGAAGACAUUGACGGAAAGGAGCAAUCAAUGAAGCAAUACGCUGGGAAAGUGCUGCUGAUCACCAAUGUUGCAUCUCAGUGCGGCUUCACAGAUUCCAAUUACAAGGGGUUGCAGAAGCUCUAUGAGAAGUUUCUAAGCAGUGGUUUCGAGGUUCUGGCAUUCCCCUGCAACCAAUUUGGUAAUCAAGAACCCGGAGACUCGCAGACCAUCAAGGAGUUUGCCCAGAAAAAGUACGGGGUCACCUUCCCCUUGUUCAAGAAGGUGGAGGUCAAUGGUCCUCACACAGACCCCAUCUUCCGGUACCUCAACAUCCUCAACUCAGCAGAGACUGAACCCAACGCAGCAGACUGGAACUUCAACAAGUACCUUGUGGGGAGAGACGGCUAUCCAAUAAAGCAUUAUAAAUCUGCUUUCAAUGAAGCUGAAUUGGAAGCCGACAUACAAAAGGCGCUCUCAGCGCCGGGCAGCAAAGUGGCAGCGACUCGCUGA